AAGAUGGCGGUGGCAGGCGUGAUAGUUUAGUCCUGCACAGGACUUUGUUCUUCGUUUGAGGCUUUGAUAUUAAUUGUAAUAAAAAUGAAGUCGGAUGUAGAGGAGUUGAUGCCCAGGCUGCUGCCGGUGGAGUCCACGGGCGGUGCCGAAGACGUGGAGCUUGGUGGAGCCCCGAGGAACCCCCAAGAAUACCUGCGACAGGUCCAGUUGGAGGCAUCAUUGUGUCCUGAGGUGGUGGUCGCUGAAAUCGACCCCAAGAAACUAAAAAAGAAGCAAACAGUUAAUGCGUCAGUUUCAGGAUGUCAUGCUGCUCCAGCAGGGUUUUCUCCAAGCCUCAAUUGGCAGCAGAGGCAAGUCAGUAACUUUUCCGUCGUCAGACAGAGUGUAACAAAGAACAGGAACCACUGGAGCAACCAGACUCUGGAUGGCAAUGUACAAAUGCCAAAGCUGACGGACGAGCAGGGCUGGAGAAGGUUUUGUCUGGGAGAGCACGUCUACCUGGGAGCAUCGUCCCUCCUCACAGAGGCAGAGCUUGAGCCAGCACUGGACUAUAGCAAGGUGGGGUUUCCUCCUUUCUUAAGCAUCGUAAGCAGACUAAACCAAUCCACAGUUCUGAUGGUGCUGGACAUCCUCAUCAGCUGGUUUGAAGAGCGGGAGUUCGUUCCACAGUUGGGUCAGUGGUUGUACGCCCUGCUGGCCUGCUUGGAGAAGCCUCUGCUGCCUGAAGCCCACUCCUCCAUCCGACAGCUGGCCAGGAGAUGUUCCCAGCUCCGCAGCACGCUGGAUAGUCAGGAGGAUGAAAAACUGCCUGCACUCAACUUACUCAUCUGUCUUGUUGCCAGGUACUUUGAGCAGAACGAUCUAGCAGAUCAAGAGUGAAGAGGAAGCUUAACUUUUGAAAUGAAGAUGCUGAGGAAUGUGCUGUUCUCAAUGGCUACAUUUUAAUGUGUGGCAAUAUUCUAAAGAUGAAUACAAGUUAUUCAUUGGACAAUGGCGCAACAUGUUAAACUAAGACAUGGCUACAAUUCCUGUAAAAAACAAAACAUGCAACUGGAAUAUUGCCUUGCAAAAAGGGUCAAUGCCACAACUGUAGCCAUCACGGUUCAUAACCUGGAGGUUUGCGGUUGUUCUAAGAUAAAACUGGAGGGUGAUUCCAGAGACAUGGAAGCAAAAAAAGAAUGUAUUUUUGUACUUUGUAAUGGUAGAACUGAAGCAUCAGGAUGAGUGUCAUUUUUGUAAAACACCAGUGGGAUGUUGUGUGAAUUUGUUUUUUAAAAUUGGGUAAUAAACUGAUGUUUAACAACUGCUUGUGUGGACA